AUGACAGACGUUGUUUGAUGAAGAAUUUUUCUCCUCUGUGUUCCAUUAUCAUGCUGGAACGUCUGAGAACCUCCACUGUGAACUUCAUAACCAGCCAUCCAGAUUCCGACUUUCCAGAUUAACUCGGAAUAUUUUGCCUUGAGGUCUGUGGGCAUUAGAAGAGAUAAAAAGAAAAGCGGCCUUCGUGUAACAGAGAGCGCCUUUUCGGUCAUGGAGGAGUUAGUCAGCGUCUCUUGCGAAGAAGCAGACGGCUGCCCUGUCAUUCUGGUCUGUGGCUCUCAAGACGUUGGAAAGUCAACAUUUAUUAGAUACCUGAUUAACCAGUUGUUAAACAGUAUAUCCUGCGUGGACUAUUUGGAGUGUGAUCUGGGACAGACAGAAUUUACCCCUCCAGGUUGCAUUUCUUUACUUAAUAUUACAGAACCAGUCCUAGGACCGCCUUUCACUCACCAGAGGACCCCACAGAAAAUGGUAUAUUAUGGAAAGCCUUCCUGUAAACACAACUUUGAGAAUUAUAUUGAGAUUAUCAAGUACGUGUUCAGCUCCUACAGGAGAGAGUCCCCUCUGAUUGUCAACACGAUGGGCUGGGUGGCAGACCAAGGGCUCCUGCUCCUCAUUGACCUGAUCCGGCUGCUUUCGCCCAGCCAUGUCAUUCAGUUCAGCUCUGGCCGCAGUAAGUACAUGCCGGACCUCACCCCCGACUACGUGGACGACAUGGACGGCCUGUACACGAGAAGCAAGUCCAAAGUCAGAAACAGAGGUUUCUACCUGCCAGAAUUUGCUGACAAUUUUGAAUUUGCUGAUGAAGAAAAGGACAGUCCAGUCGUGUUUACUGGAUACAAACUGAUGUCCGUGAAGUCAGAGUUUGUGUCUAGAAAAACUCCAAGAAAUAGAGAAUCACAUAACAGAGUCCUUCGUGAUUUGGCGGUGCUCAGCUACCUUGGCCAGCUGCAGCCUCCGGUGCCAAAACCACUUUGUCCCUUACAUGGUCUGACACCCUAUCAGGUCCCUUUCAACGCCGUUGCGCUCCGGAUUAUCCAUGCAGAUGUGGCUCCCACCCAUAUAUUGUACGCCCUGAAUGCCAGCUGGGUUGGCCUUUGCAAGAUCCUGGAUGACGUCAGAGGAUAUGCAAAUGGGCCCAUCCUUCUUGCCCAGACUCCAAUCUGUGAUUGUUUGGGGUUUGGAAUUUGUAGAGGGAUUGACAUGGAGAGGAGGCUUUACCACAUUCUCACUCCUGUGCCCCCGGAGGAGCUCCGGAACGUGAAUUGUCUUCUGGUCGGAGCCAUCUCUGUCCCACAGUGUGUCUUCAAGAGCCAGCGUGGGCUUGAAGGGACGAUACCUUACAUCACGACAGAUUAUAACUUUAAACUUCCUGGAGCAUCAGAGAAAAUUGGAGCAAGAGAAAUUGAGGAAACACAAGAAGAGAAAGUACACCCCAAACCUAAAUUCUAUCGAAAAACAAACUGAUCCUGAUGCCCUUAAUAAGGGAAGGAACUUUCCUACCAGGAAGCUUGACUCUGUCUCCAGCCUGGCACCCAUGGACGGAUGGGUUCUGUGGCCCCGGACAGCACGCUCACGUAGCCAGCAGUGUGUUCUGCAGCUCGUGGAUAUGUUUAGAACACGUUUCGGCCUCUUCAAGCUACAUGACCCAGAGGUUCGCCCUGGUCUUCUAUUUUAUCUUCUAAAGGGAUAGAGCAGCAGGGAAAACAGAAAAUGUGCGUUAAAACAGAAAGAACCUGGUAGAUUCCUCUGAUAGUUUUACAAGGACCUGGUUGUUGGAAUUUGGGUAAAAAUAGAGAAACUGGGACAACAGAAAUGUACCAAGGACUUUGGAAGGCAGGCUGACCAGCGGGAUGGAGAGCACGGUAAGAUUCGGAGGCACACUGUGGUCCAAGCCCCCACGGAGGGGCCCACCUGCAGGGCCUUUCCAUCCCUGCUCGUUCGAUGCUGCCUGAGGUCUCCUUCCAGCAGGCACAUGGGUCGAGUGUUAAGCUUAUCUUUGGUCUGAUCAACUUAAUCAAGGUUUCAUAGAUAAAAGUUUGACUCAAGAGCCCUUCUUUUUUUUAAUCUGAUGGUUUUAUGUGGAAAAAAUUGCUCUCAAAUCCAGGAAGCCUAUCCUGGGGCCUUUUAAAAACUAGAUUUGCCCUUAUUGACUUCUCAUCUGAGAUUGAAGACACACCAUGGGCAGAGCUGGACACGCGGCUGUUUGGAAGCAAGACUGGCCCAGCGGCUCACGCUCUUGGCUUUGGCGACUGCACCUGAAGUGUGUGCCGUGUGGGGUUUUCCCCGAAGGGAACCGCAGGCCUGCGAGGAUACUGUUCUCCCGGAGGGCUUUGGGGGAAAACAGUGCAAGUCUCUUCUUGUCUUCUCCCUGGUGGCCAGGAUCCUUUAACCACCAAGGUUGGGAGUGGUUUUGGUGACCAGUCAGGGCAGUCAGGUCAGGUCACAUCAUUCCUGCAUGUAGGAUGGUGAGAUACUUAGUGAGGCGGCAUUUCAAACUGGCAUUGUGAAUUCCAGCUUCCCAGCAGCACGUGUUGAAGGACCACCGUUAGGAUGUGGGGGUCUUAACAUUUACAUUCAUUUGAACUGUUGGUUCUCGUUGUCUUAAGCAAUCAUUAGCGUCUCAUCUCGUAAACCCACAGACUUACGGAGCCCUUGUCCCCCCCCAGGGUUAGUUUUGAUACCCUAGAGACCAUUUAAAGUCAGACUUCUCGGUUGCCUCUUACCUACAUCUAAACUGAACUUGUACGUGUUUUUCUGUCUUGGCGUUGGAAGAAUUUCAGCAGACGAUCACUGUCAACUUUUUGCCUCCUUCCCCGGUUCUUGUAUCUUUACAGUAAUGCUCAUUAGAGGUCUGUAGCAGUAGGAGGAAUGGAAAGUGGUGUCUGGUCCUUUGCAUUUUCAUUAAAUACAGGCUCCCCUUUAACCCAUUUCCUCCUGGCCUUGAAAAUUGCCCUGUGGUCAGUCCUCAUCGGCACAGAAGACAUACAUUGCCACCAGAGGGAGCUGUCAGCCGUUGGUCAGACGGCCACAGGGUGCUGGAGUUGGCCGGGGAGCCGGGACAGGCCUUUCACAGGGUUCAGAGACGCUAUGGUCAGACCCCAGGGUGUGCUGGUCAGACUGGCAGCAGUGCACCCACCUUGGGUGUUUGCCAUCUGAUUAUCACUGUCGGUGGUUUGGGCUUCUGCCAUUUCCCCUGGUCUGUGAUGGUUCAGAAUGGGUAGCACGAGAGACACUCUUAACAAAAACUCUUAAUCGUGUCUAUGCGUGAUUUUCGAUGCUUAUUUUAAGAAAAUUAAAGGAAUAUAUGACUUAGAACAUGAAAACCCUUAAUCACUGCUUUUAGUGUUUCUUUAAAAUCAGUUCUUCAGAUCCAUUUAUAGGACAGGUGGAUAAGAAAAUGAAAAGAUUCUCAACUUCUAGGGUUUCUUUUAUUUUGUGAACAAAGGUAAUUCCACUGUCCCCAUCUGACCGCAUUAGGCCUUGUGGGCAGGAAGCAGCGUAUCCUCUGAGACCCCAGCAUAAAAACGGAAGACUUGAGAAAGGGGAGGGGGGUAGUUGAGCUGGCCCUUCAGGGGCCUCAGAUGAUGAUUUUUGAGAAAUCAAAAUGUGGAAGUGGCCAGCCGGAGAGGAUGGUGGGGGUGGUGAGGGCCCCAGCUGGCCGAGGGAGCCCCUGCCCCACCAGGAUCCCUGUGACAGACAAGUACACACAGACCAACAGAUCUCUGGGACCAAGCGAUGUGGGACAGUGUUUUUAAAUUGUCUGAUUGUUUUUUCCUUAGAUCUGGAUAUGUACUGACGAAGGCAGCAGGCUUUGAUGUUAGAGCUCCCGAGUUCAAAUCCGGACUGGGCCUCGGCUAGCAGUGCAGCUUUGAAGAGGGUGUUUAACUUGAACCUCUUUCCUUAAGAUGGGAUGACCGCUUCCCAUGAGGUCCCUGUGUGAGGAGGACGUGAGGCACGUCUGUAGCAGGUGUAGCAGUAACUCUUAGUGCGAGGCCUGUCUCUGGUUAGACUGUAAACUCCUAGAAGACAGGGACCAAGAUUGCAUUUCUCACGGUCACGUUGGGAGGAUGCAGAAACUAAACGUUUGCAUCUGAAGCCCUCUUACCCGGUGGCCUCCGGGCAGGUUUACCCUAACACCAGUCUUCCUGCUGCAGGUCCUGUUCAGAAGGCCCAGAGAGGUAGGUUCCAUGGCUUCUGCUGAUUACUCACUCCUGGGAGUUUCCCAUAAACCCCACUUACUGCUUUUAAAAUUAUGUGACCACUUUACCCGUGUAGGAGAUGGUCCUCAAGUCCACGACCACUUAAUCACUGUUAAUGUAUGAUGCUUUCUCGUCUGGCUUUUUUCUAAAACCCACGUGUGUAUUUUACAAAGUUGUCCCACUGUACAUGUGGUUUUCUGUCCAGCUCUUUUCACUUAACACGUGACCUUCUAUAUCAUUAAAUAUUUUUGAGAAUGUGAA